CGUCGCGACAGUUUCUACAACAAGUAAAGCCUCCGCGAUCGCGAUACCAAUUCCAACAGUGCGCGGUUCUACAAGUUACAAUUACCGAGACACUAUACUAUACCAGCUUGCAUCAUAUCGGGGAGACACAGAGAGAGCGAGAGAGAGAGAGAGAGAAAGAGUCAGAGCUGACGAAGAACGCCGACGCCGACGCCGACGCCGACGCCGACGCCUCUCUCGCACCUGCAGACUACUACCUGACCGCCUGGUUCUACCUGCACCGCGAAGAGGAAGAGGUGCCUCGUCUACGUCGGCAGAGCGAGACGCGCCUCCGGAGGCAUCGAGUACAUCGCGCGACACGCGGAGAAAAGCGGAGAUACGGAGAUCGCGCCCCCCCUGCCUCCCUCCCUCCCUCUCUGCCCCUCUGUCCCUCUGCCCCUCCACAAAAAGCUUCCGAUCCUUCCUUAUUACACGAAUUUAUACCCGAUCGGCAUAGACUCACCGCGAAAAUGAGUGACGGAAACGGCGUGGAGCCCGAGACGAAGGCUACCUACCUGGGCCUGGACCUCAGCACGCAGCAGUUGAAAGCUGUUGUGGUGGACGAGAACCUGAAGGUUCUUCACGAGACUAGCGUUCAGUUCGACAAUGAUUUACCGGAGUUUAGAACCUACGGAGGAGUUGUUCAGAACAAAGGCGAUCCCUUGCUCAGGGUGGCUCCUACCCUGAUGUGGGUAAAAGCUCUGGACAUGAUUCUCGACAAAUUGCGAGUCUGCGGUGUGGAUUUUGCAAAAGUUGCCGCGAUUUCGGGUAGCACACAGCAACACGGCACGGUUUACUGGGGAAAAGGAAGCGGUAAUCAGUUGAAAACUUUGGAUCCGGACAAGUUUUUGCACGAGCAACUGGCGACAUUUUUUUCGGUCGGUCUGUCGCCGGUUUGGAUGGACUCGAGCACGACGGAGCAAUGUCGUAUCCUCGAGGAGGCAGUGGGCGGACCGCAAAAACUAGCAGAAAUAACAGGAUCCAGAGCUUACGAGAGGUUCUCCGGUGCGCAAAUAGCAAAAAUAGCCCACUACAGACCGGACGCUUAUGCCAGCACCGAGAGGAUAUCUCUCGUCAGCAGCUUCGCGGCUACUUUAUUCCUCGGGGAUUUCGCCCCAAUUGAUCUAUCGGACGGGUCAGGAACUAAUCUUCUAGAUAUCCGAACGAAGGACUGGUGUGAUAAGCUUCUGGAGGCUUGCGCUCCAGGACUCAGAGAGAGACUCGGAAAUCCCGUACCGUCCUACACGAAUUUGGGUCCGGUUUCGAAGUAUUUCGUUGAGCGAUUUGGCUUCGAUGAAAAAUGUCGAGUGAUAGCAUUCACAGGGGACAACCCGGGCUCUCUGAUCGGAAUGAGACUCAAGGACGGAGAUGUGGCUUGCAGUUUGGGCACUAGCGACACUCUCUUUUUGUGGCUUGAAAAGGUGAAAACUGCCACGGAGGGGCACAUCUUCUGCAAUCCGCUAGAGGACGGGGCUUACAUGGCUUUGCUUUGUUUUAAAAAUGGCUCUCUGACUCGUGAGAGAAUCAGAGACAGCGCUGCCGGUGGAUCCUGGCAAAUUUUUAACGAAUUAUUGGAGAGCACGCCUCGGGGAAACUUCGGGAAUAUCGGGCUCUACUACGACGCUCAGGAGAUAAUUCCGUUCCUUAACGGCGAUCACAGAUACAAUAAAGCCAACGACGAAAUCAGCCGAUACAGUUCAAAAGAAGUCGAAGUACGUGCGGUCAUAGAGGGUCAGUUUAUCGCGCGAAGAGCCCACGCCGAAGACUUUGGCUUCACGAUCGGCCAAAACACCCGCAUUAUAGCGACCGGGGGAGCUUCUAACAACAAAGCGAUACUCCAAGUCCUUGCCGACGUUUUCAAUUCCCCUGUUUACGUCUCGGAGUUAGCUAAUUCAGCGAUGUUGGGAGGCGCUUAUCAAGCGAAGCAUGGAUUGCUACGGGAAAAAAAGACAUUUCAGGAAAUAACAGCAUCGUUGCCCGAACCACAGCUGUUGUGUCAGCCGUACAAAGAUGCGGAAUCUAUAUACAAACCGAUGAUCGUUCGGUAUAGAAAAAUCGAGCGAAUACAGUCUCUUGGGCCAGUUUGUCCAGGUGCUUGUCACGCUGCUCUACCCAGCGAGGAUCCAAUGUUGGUGUACGAUAUUGCCAAGGAAUCACCUAAACUCGAAAAAAUCCAGCAGCUUACCAUGUUGUUUCGGAUCGUACCCCUUCUUGACGACGACAUUGCCAGGGGUUGGAGAUUAAUGGCCAUGCUACAAUUUGGCAGAACCAUGUGUAACGUGGUCAGUAGAGUCACCUCUCAAACGAUAUGGAGGAUUAACUUGCAGCAGUCGUUAGCACUAAGCAGUUCCGCAGCCUCUGUUCCUGAACGUGCUUCUGUUGUUGACAAGCCUCGGAACCCAGUGCAACAGCCAAGCCGUACAAAACAGAAUAAACCGAAAAUACAGUCCAAAAAUGAACUAGUCCAAGCAGCAUUUACCAGUAUAUUGAAUGAUUGGAAACCAACGGCGAAUGUAUCUCCAAAUUCCCCCAUGGGGGAAAAAAUUGCUGCGGCUACCACUGUCGAUGAGUUAUUAAGCCUAGUGGGAAAAGAGAAGCUCUCUCAAGCGGAUUGUCUCAGCAUUAUAUCUGUUCUCUCCAAGUGGACUAAUAAAAAUAAAGUCACUUUGGCAGAAUAUGAAAAUGAACCGAGGUUCUUGUUGCUCUGCAGACAGCUUAUAGGAUUUGCUGAAGCAUCCUCAUCAGUCGCGCAGGUGGAUUUUAAAACUGUGCUCAGCCUUGCGGGAGACGAUGAAGCAGCAAAGCUAAUUGCCACGUUAUCUGUCAACCAGAUGACCAAGGUAUUUUCCACCUUGGCUUUCAAGCGGAGAAGAUCCCUACCCAUACUGAGAUCAUUGUCGUACCAUAUCUCUCGUAGCACUGAUAAAAUCAAUGCAAAACAGUGUUCUGAUAUUCUUUUUUCAAUGGCUGUGCUCAACUUUCCAGAUGAGAUACUACUGGGGAAAGUUAUCUCAGGAUUAAUAUCACAUAUUCGUGAGAGUAAUGUUACGCCUGUAAUAGGCUCAGUUGCAACAUCCUUGGGCUUUCUUCGGUAUAAAAAUAUCGAGCUGUUAGACGCGUUGUGCGAAUGGUUCAUGGCAGAGCCACGAACACUGAAGCCACAGUAUAUCACAUCCCUGUUGUUAACUUUCGCCACUGUUGACUACGUCCCAUUCAACAUGACAGAAUUAAACCAGACAUACAUAAAGCCAUUGAAUGAAACUGAUGUAUCCGCUUCAGAAACAUGGCUCGAUGUUGUCUGGUCAACUGUAAUUCUAGGAAUAGCAGAUCCUGUCAAAGUUGCUUACACCUUGGACACAGGUUACAUCCAAAAACUGACAGCCUUACAAUGUCUGACGACACCCAGGAAGGUGAAGCUGCUCAACAUUAAUGCUGCAGCCGAAUUAUUAAUCCCAAAUUACAAGGGUCCAUUUUUGAACAAAGACCUCAAUCUGGAUAAGAUGCUCAUUGAAAGAUCCAAAGAGAAACAGGCUUAUGUUACGUCCGUGCAAGAUGCCCUUUCCAAUCUAUUCACAGUACCAACUUGUCUGAAUGUUAAUGAGAACAGUGGAAUGGGCUUUGUUAUAGAUGCAGAAUGCUAUGUGGAUAAUAAAUGCAAUCCAGUACCGAUUAAACAAGCACAAAAUCUCAGUAAUGUUACGAGAAUUGCGGUACUUGGUCUUCAUUACAACGAUUUUUGCCGAGGGGCCCCGGACUAUGUGGGUAUAUAUUCGUUGAUGGUCCGUCUACUAGAAGCCAAGGGAUACAAAGUAGUGCUUGUUCCUUAUACAGAAUUUAAUCCACAAGAUAAAUUAGUAACGCGUCUUAAAUACUUACAAAAACUGAUACGGUCAACAGUUCAGCCGAGCAGUACCUAGGGUAAAAAUUCAUAAUUUGUUAAUAUUAAUCCGUGAUUAAACAAUUAACCGAUUCAUUGAAGGGGGGAAAAAAUAUGUGAAUGGCACACCAUUGUGAAUGACACUCGAGCAAGUUUACCUUGACCCAAAUCUCGAAAGGUUGAUCAAUGAUAUGCCAUUUUUUUUUUUCUUACGGAACACAAAAUUCUGUAGGUGAAAAUC